GUCAAUUGAAAAAACAUAUAUUAAUAUUCAUAUAUACUGUAUAUGACUCGUGUAUCUCUCUCUCUAUCCUAUUAUAAGCACACAUAUUGUAUUCAUUUAUUUAAUUUAAUAUUAAAUUUAUAAAUCAUUUUUAUUUUUGAUUACAUAACUAUUUCUUGUGAAAGUGAUGGCCGAUUCAACUGUCGAAGAAUUAGUUAACAAGAUUAACGCGACGAUUGGCGAAGCCGUAGUCAAUGGCACCGAUACCGAAAAGCCGAAAGCCACGACCGAGGGUAUGCUCUGCGCGUUUGCCAGUCUAAUGAUUAUGGCAUUGAUUCCCAUUGUCAUCGGUGCCAAACGAUCAGUUCAUUAUCAUCUGAAACAAAAAGAAUCGGGCGAAAAGCCGGAAACAAUGACCAGCAAAGAUGCGGCAAUGUUUCCGUUUAUAGCCAGCGCUGCACUCUUUGGUCUCUAUCUGUUCUUCAAGUUUUUCUCCAAAGAGUACAUCAAUCUAUUACUGACCGGAUAUUUCUUUUUGUUGGGUAUCCUCGCAUUAGCCCAUUGUUUAAGUCCACUCGUCAACCGAAUUCUUCCCAAACAAUUUCCAGUGAUUCCUUAUCAUCUGAUGUUCAAUAAAGGCGCCGAAGAAGAGGAACCCGAGUCGCUGAUUGACUUUCGUUUCGAUACCCGAGACUUUGUUACAGUCGGCCUCUGUUCGGCAUUCGGAGUCUGGUAUCUCUUACAAAAACAUUGGAUCGCAAACAACAUCUUUGGUCUGGCCUUUGCCAUCAACGGUGUCGAGUUAUUACAUCUGAAUAGUGUCAAAACUGGUUGUAUACUAUUAGGCGGUCUAUUCUUCUACGAUAUCUUCUGGGUAUUUGCCACUGACGUUAUGGUCACUGUUGCCAAGUCUUUCGAGGCACCAAUUAAGCUGAUCUUUCCACAAGACUUUCUAGUUAAUGGUGUCUAUGGGACCCAAUUUUCGAUGUUAGGUUUGGGCGAUAUUGUUAUUCCUGGCAUUUUUUUAGCACUUUUAUUAAGAUUUGAUGUCAGCCAACGAAAAGGAAAUGUCUAUUUUAAUACAUGUUUUGUGGCCUACAUAUUGGGAACAGUGUCGGCCAUGUCUGUGAUGGUCUACUUCAAACACGCACAGCCAGUCCUCCUCUAUUUGGUACCACUUUGUAUCAGUUUUCCAUUAGCCUUGGCUCUGAUCAAAGGCGAACUCAAGACUCUCUUGAGCUAUGAAGAUCAUCCAUCUGAUGACAAGAAAGAUAUCAUCGACAAAAAGUCUUCGACAAAAGUGGCAAAGAAAGCACAAUAAGUUUUGACAAAAGCCAACAAUAGUAUUAAAAUAAUAAAUUAAAUAUUUAUAUC